GGCUGUAAAGUGGUUCUUAUUGUUUAGAACUGUAGUAUUGACGGUUAUAAACUGGUUCUAAUUAUUUAGAACUGUAGUAUUGACGGCUAUAAAAUGGUUCUAAUUGUGAAUUGUUGUAUUGACGGCUAUAAACUGGUUCUUAUUGUUUAGAACUGUAGUAUUGACGGCUAUAAACUGGUUCUAAUUGUUUAGAACUGUAGUAUUGACGGCUAUGAACUGGUUCUAAUUGUUUAAAACUGUAGUAUUGCCGGCUAUAAACUGGUUCUAAUUGUUCAGAACUUUAGUAUUGACGGCUAUAAACUGGUUCUAAUUGUUUAGAACUGUAGUACUGACGGCUAUAAGCUGGUUCUAAUUGUUUAAAACUGUAUUAUUGACGGCUAUAAAUUGGUUCUUAUUGUUUAUAACUGUAGUAUUGACGGCUAUAAACUGGUUCUUAUUGUUUAUAAAUUUAGUAUUGACAGCUAUAAACUGGUUCUAAGUGUUUAGAACUGUAGUAUUGACGGCUGUAAACUGGUUCUAAAUGCUUAGAACUCUAGUAUUGACGGCUAUAAACUUGUUCUAAUUGUUUACAUCUGAAGUAUUGACUGCUAUAAACUGGUUCUAAUUGUUUAAAACUGUAGUAUUGACGGCUAUAAACUGGUCCUAAUUGUUUAUAACUGUAGUAUUGACGACUAUAAACUGGUUCUAGUUGUUUAUAACUGUAGUAUUGACGGCUAUAAACUGGUUCUAAUUGUUUAGAACUGUAGUAUUGACGGCUUUAAACUGGUUCUCAUUGUUUAGAACUGAAGUAUUGACGGCUAUAAACUGGUUCUAAUAGUUUAGAACUGUAGUAUUGACGGCUAUAAACUGGUUCUAAUUGUUUAGAACUGUAGUAUUGACGGCUAUAAACUGGUUCUCCAGAAUGAGAGAUGGAAUGACACUUUCCCAGGCAGUGAUGACAAGUGCCAUAGACUUUAGAGACCUGGGCUGGAGGAAUUUUAUUAGGAAACAUCAAGGGUUAGAAGCCAAGCUGAGUACUAUGGAUGAUAUUUGGUGUGGAUACUGGGCACGUAACCUAAAAUUAGAUGUACCUGAGUUGUUUAUCUACAGUGGGUCAGAUUUCUAUAUUCCAGCAUCAUAUAUAGAGGGUCAGGUUAUACCUGAUAGGAACAAGGUGUCACGUGACGUCUUGGUCUGCAGAUUUAACAGGUCUCCGCAUGUUGAGCACCUGCGGAAGAAUAGAGUUGCAUACACAGAGGCCAUCAAGCAGAUGGUGGAGAAGGUUGAGAAGAAGUAGCUAGAUAGGAGGAUAAGGGGAGUAUGGAGGGUGAAGGAUGGAGAAUGAGGAUAUGAGGGUGGCGGAUGAGGAUGAGGGGAUAAGGCUGCAGGAUGAGGGAUAAGAUUGCAAGAUGAUGAUGGAGGAAUGAGGGGAUGAAGGAUGAAUAAAUGAUGAAGGAAUGAGGGGGAUGAAGGAUGGAGGAAUGAGAAGGUGAGGAUGGAGUAUGAGGGAAAUGAGGGAACGAGGGGAUGAGGAUGGAGGUCGAGUGUACCGGCAUGAGGAAAGGAAAUCUGAGGGAUGUGGUAUGGGAAUACUAACCGAGUGGAAACCCAAAUAAUAUGCGUAACAAGGUUAAAUUGGUCAUUGUUCAUGUUAAGAAAUAUCAUUCAACUAUUCAAUUAUUAAAAACGUAAUUUAAGUUUGAUUAAUUUUGCCAACAACCUGUAGAUAAUUAUGCGAAUAUAUAUAUAAUAUAUAUCUUAAAAAGUAUCUUUAAAAAAAUAUAUGUAUAUUUUUAAGAUAAUUUUUAAGAUACUUUUUAAGAUACUGUUGAAGAUACUGUUUAUUUUCAGA